GGCACCAUAUUGAAUUGUUUUGAUCCAAACCUGCUUCUCACUUCUUUUUACUUGUGGGUUUGGUUGUUGUUUUUUAACAGUUAAAAUAAGAAAACAGCGGAGUCAGUCCUCGGAAGGACACAAUGAAGCUGACGGAAAUCAAGAAGUUGAAGGUGGCGGAUCUGCGGUCCAGACUGAGAGAAGUGGGGCUGGACAGCGGGGGGCUGAAGGCUGAGCUGGUGGUCCGGCUGUGGUCCGCUUUGGACUCGGGACUCUGCGUGAGAGUCGAGGAGACCCGGCUGGAACCACAACAUGACGACUCACCGACACACACUGUGGAGGUCCCCGCUCCGUCCUCCUCACCGACACCAGCAGCACCGACACACACUUUCACAGACAGCGGGACACAGACUGAGGCCGAGUCCGGACUGACAGCACCACAGCUCGGCUCUGAGUUAGUGUCCGAGUCCGUGAGGGGGAACCAGGCGGAGAGAGGAGGAGGAGAGGUGGAGGGUCCCGGGGAGGAGAGGAGACAUCCUUCCUCUGAGGAGACGAACAGAGGGAGAGCUUUCUACGAGUUUAAAGAGGAGAUACGAUACAAAAGAGUGAAAUCCCCACCACCUCCAGUGGACAGAGAGGAGGCAGAGGAAAAGGAUGAGGAUAGAGUCAGCCUGGAUCUAUAUGACAGUCAUCUCCACUUUGAGGUGGGUGCUGACGGAUCCUGGGGGCAGCCUUGGUUCUGGAAUCAGUUCCCCUCACUGUGGUCGGGCUGCAGGCUCACCCAUGGCGUGCUGCAAGGCAGGGUGGGCUUUGAGGUGAGGCUGGAGAGGAAUUUGUUGACUACAUGUCAGGAGGAACAAGAGGGGGUGGAGCCCUGUGGUAUGAGAGUCGGCUGGUCAGUGGCUCACUCCUCCCUGCUGCUGGGGGAAGAUGAGCUCUCUUUCGCUUAUGAUGGACGCAGUAAAAAAGUGUCAAGUGGAAAGGAAGAGGAGUUUGGAGAAUCUUUCUCGGAGGGGGAUAUCAUUGGCUGUUACGCUUCUUUCUCUGCAGCCGGUGCUGUUCAGAUCUCUUUCCAUAAGAACGGUCGUUUCAUAGGUGUGGCCUUUUCCCUGGGCGCCGCCGUGCUGCAAGGUCGACCUCUGUUCCCUCACAUCCUCUGUAAGAGCUGCUCGGUCAGAUUCCUCCUGGACCCGACAGCUCCUCCCUGGUACCCCAGCCCUCCAGGUUUAACUCCCCUGGCAGCUCUCCCUGCUUGGCAGAGGGUGCGCUCGACACUGGGACCUUCUUCCAGAGCACAGUGUGAGGUUUUGUUGAUGAUGGGACUUCCUGGUUCUGGGAAGAGCCACUGGGCCCGGUCUCACAUGAAGCAGCAUCCAGAGAAACGCUACAGGCUGCUGGGCACAGAGGAGCUGCUCACAUGUAUGAUUAGUGGCGAACAGAGGGACAGCAGGCUGCGACAGGCCGCUCAGUGUUUGACUGAUUUAAUUAAAAUAGCUGCUCAGACUCCGGGCAACUACAUUUUGGACCAGUGCAACAUCCUCUUCUCUGCACGCCGCCACAAACUGCAGCUGUUCUCGGGCUACAGGAGGCGGGCGGUGGUAGUUUUUCCACCUGCAGACGAGUGGAGAAGACGACUGUCGCUGCACCAGACAAGCGAGGAGGAUCAGAUCCCAGAGACGGCCCUGCUCAAACUCCAAGUGAGCUGCAGUCUCCCAGAGCGGCAGACAGACCUCCUGGAGGAGCUGCUAUAUGUCGACCUGCCCCAGGAGCAGGCGCAGACGCUCCUGCAGGAGUACAAAGACUGCGCUCGCAGACUGCUGCCCCCCGUCCCCAAAAAGGAGAAGAAGAAAUACAGGAAAAGACCCCACCCUCAUGGCCCUCCUCCAUCACACAAGAUCCAGUGGACUGGGAUGAAUGCGUGGAACAACCCCAGAACCAACAUGCAGUCUUGGAGUCAGCAGCCAACAUAUUGGAACGUGUCUUAUCGGGACCAGAGCUACAACUACAGCAGAGACUUCCAUCAGAUAUGAGGAUUAUUGAAGAAACCAAUGCUGCUUCAUUACAACAUUUAUAAAAGGUUUUUACAAGGAUCAUGGAGAACUGCAGAUUGUAUGUUGCAGGGAGUGCUGCGAUCAGUCAAUGCCAAUCAGUGCUGUAGUAUUUUAAGAAUUUUGACGCUAAAAACCAGGUCACUUUAUACUUUUUAUUCAAAAUAAGAAAAAAACUCUUGAGUUGUUUUUACUGUACAGUUUACAAAUGAUUAAAACAGUAUUUUGCACAGUUUUAACCCCAUUAUUGUUCAGAGUGCUUAAAGAGUGAAUAAAAUUUCGAUGAAA